GAACUGUUGCAAUAUUUUUGCUGAUUUUGGUCUGUGUAGACUGGCUAGGGACCAUGCUAAGCUCCUUGACUGAGGUCCAAAAACAUGGUAGCAAAGAACUGUGCAAAUUUUUGCAAACCUGAACUGAUGACAAAUUAUGGCACAAAAAAGUCGCAGAAAAUUAAGUGUUGUGAUUAUACCCAGCUCGUAGUCAUCAUCUAAAAGCAUAUUCAUUGAAAACUCUCGUUCUUUGGUGGUACACCAGGCUCAGUUUUUGUUGAAUUAAGUGGCACACACAAUGAGCCUUAUUUGAAAGGGCAUGGCACAGCUUCCAUGAUGAUGUGUUCUCACUCCACAUACGCGACUUGCAAGAUGACACAGUUGUAGCGGACAUUAGGUAUGGUCUAUGGCAUCAAGAUCAGCAAAUAGCAAAUGAAAUCAUCAUGAACACCCCUCCAAUAGCAAACGACCUCCCAUCCAAAAGCAUAGCUGACCUGCCACUCGAUGGCAAAUCUGGUGCCAACUUUACAGACACGUUCUUUGAUCCGAAUCUGAAUCCAUUGGCAGCAAACCCUGCACACGACAUGGCAGGGGUGCAGACUGUAGUUCCACCAGGUGACCUGAAUGAAGAGAAUGCAGCAGAGAAUACAGUAUUGCCGCUAAAAGAUGAGCAAAGCAAUGUAGAAAAUGAGUUACUUGUUUCCCCUUCAAAACCAGAAGGGGAUGUGGCUAUGUCCACAGAAGACAAAAGCAGUCCAGACUCGGACCGGCCGUCUGGUUCCCCAGAAAUCAAACUUAAGAUCAAGAGGACAUUUCUACGUGGUCGCGAGAAGCUAACAUCGUCCUUGCUUUCUGACGGAAGCAGCCCUGAGGAAGCUGGGCCCAGCAAGAAACGGAAGAAGAAGUUGCUGGAACAGGGAGAGCAUAAUAACGAAGAUCAAACUCAAGAUGUUAUAUGCAAGCAAAGUCCGCCCGGAAAGAAAGGCAAACGGGGUCGUAAAAAGAAAGCUGUGGAUCUCUCCCCAACUGCAGUGGAACAUCCCAGUUCUGCCGUUGCAUUGACAACCCCUGAUGUCGGCACUCCUUUGUUACCAGCAGCUGGUCAUCCGAAAGGUGCUCUAAAUUUACAGGCCUUGGAAGAGAGAAUGCCCCCCAAAUGGUUGGUUGGAGACUUGGUAUGGGGAAAAGUGAGUGGACAUCCCUGGUGGCCAUGUAUGGUGGCCUAUGACCCAGUGGAAGGGGUAUACACCAAGUUUAAAGGAGGUGCCAUCCGGGCCUCCAGGCUGUACCACCUCCAGUUCUUCGGGGACGUUGCAGAGCGAGGCUGGGUGGGUGAGAGGAGCACAGUGAAGUUUGAGGGUAAGGACCAGUACGAACAAGUGUUGGAAGACAGCAUCAAACACAUCACCAACACUACACAGCGCAACCAAGCCAGGAAGAAAAGCGCAGUGAAGCAGUCUCGGAAGGCAGCUUGGGAAGUGGCCCUCCAGGCAGCAGAGGAGGCCCUCCCUCUCUCACUUCUUGAGCGGAAGCAACAGUACACCUUCAAGUAUGACACUGCCCCGUCUGAAACAGCUGAGGAAGACACAGCCCCUCCAGCUACCACCCCGGCAGGAGGGAAGAAAAGGGGGCGGAAGAGGAAAUCUGCUGUGGCAGCUGCAGGUGCUGUGUCCUUGCAGUCUGAUGACACAGACAACGAAGAAGAGCACCUAGUGAAGAAGAAAAGGAAAGUGGUUAAGAAAACACCAACACAAAGCCAGCCAGAAGAAUCUAAGAAGAGAAACAAGUCACAGAAGAAAGAGGUGGAGCGAGCAAGGUUCGAGCUGUUCUGCCAGAAGCAGCGGGAGCAGGUCAUGGUGGACCAUCCAGAUUAUGCCCCCGAGCAGGUACAGGAGGAACUGCAGAUGCAGUGGAACAUUCUCCCAGAUAAACUUAAAGCAAAGUACACCAGCAAGUUCACCUCCACAUCUCAGAACUCUGCCAGUGACAGUGACAUGGACCAGCCAGGUGGGAAGCGUAAACUGGAGAUGACUUCAGGUAGCCCCACCAAGCAAGAGAAGAAAGUGCCCCCAAAGGGCCAGCCCUCGUCACCAAAGAAAAGAAACACAGCAGGAAAGUCUUCUGAGGCUGACUUGAAGUCCAGUGUAGACCAGUGCAUCAACAGCAUCCUGGCCCUGUCCCAGUCUGACAGUGCUGAGUCCUCCUACCCUUCCACCCCCGGCCAAGUGGACUCUCCCGCAGCCCCAUUUGAAAGCCUUCCCAUGAAAAAGAGAAUACAGAGAAGGGCCGAGGAAGGGGGAAAACCAGCCAGGGAAAAGAAGAUAAAGAAAGGCAGGAAACCCAAAAAGGACAAAGGACAAGAUGUGGGGCCAAACUCUGUUGCAUCAGAAAAAGAGGAAGGAGCACAGAACACAGAUGUGGAAGAGCUGAGUUCUCAGGUGUCUGACCACGAGUCAGAAGAGUCCAGUGCUCCCUCCUCCUCGAGUGGUCUCGGGCGCGGCGCGUGGGCUGCCAGCAAGGAGAACCUGUGCCAGGUGUGUGAGCAGGUGGGAGAGCUGCUGCUCUGUGAAGGGUCGUGCUGUGGAGCCUUUCACCUGGACUGUAUCGGCCUGCAGCAGAUGCCUACUGGAACAUUCAAGUGUGACGAGUGCAUCUCAGGUGUACAUACAUGCUUUGUCUGCCGCAAGAGUGAGGCGACCACCAAACGCUGCUCCAUCCCCAUCUGUGGGAAGUACUACCACGAGGAUUGUCUCAGGAAGUUUCCCAACGCCGUCUUUGAAGCGAAAGGUUUCCGCUGCCCCCUUCAUGUCUGUGGAACCUGCGUGGCUGUUGCAGGGGGAGACAUAAAGAAAAUAAAGUCAAGAGGCCGUAUCCUGGCUCGGUGCGUGAGGUGUCCAACAGCCUAUCACGUGAACGACAGCUGCAUUGCUGCCGGCUGCAUUCAGCUGGCCCAGAACAACAUUGUGUGCAGUAACCACUUCCAACCGGUCAAGAACCAAGCACAUCACUCGCACGUCAAUGUGUCCUGGUGCUUCAUUUGCUCCAAGGGUGGAGAAUCACUGUGCUCUGAUGAGCUGGUCGGAAGCUCUGGCAUUUCUGACACGGACGAAACCGCAGGGGGCUCCUACCUUUUGCAGCAACAUUUGCCUGCGGCUGGGGUUACAUGGGGUAGCCUUGCUGUUACCAGAGGUGGAGACCUGCUGUGUUGUGAGAUGUGCCCGGCAGCGUUCCACCCUGCAUGCCUGGGUCUGGAGGACCUGCCAGAGGGAACCUGGUUCUGUCGGGACUGCAGUCUGGGGAAGAAACCUCUGUACAAGGAGAUUGUCUGGGUCAAACUGGGAACCUACAGAUGGUGGCCGGCAGAAAUAGAGCAUCCCUCAAAAAUUCCCCAGAACAUCUACAACAUGCCUCACCAAGUGGGGGAGUUCCCCGUGCGUUUCUUUGGCUCCAACGACUACUUCUGGACCCACCAGGCACGAGUCUUCGCUUUCCAAGAGGGAGACAAGGGGAGCAAGGAGUCUGCAACUUCAAAGGGAAUAGCCAAAGUCUUCAAAAAAGGUGUGGUGGAAGCCACCGAACGGUUCAAGUACCUGCAGACUCAGAGGGAACAGAAGGAGGCACAGGAAAGUCAGCGCAUCGGGAAGAAACCUCCUCCCUUCAAGAUGAUAAAGACGAACAGGCCUGUUGGGAGUGUGCAGAUCUACACGGCCGACCCCUCGGAGAUCCAGCGCUGCGAGUGCAAGCUGACGGAUGAGAACCCGUGCGGUCCGGAGUCGGACUGUCUGAACAGGAACCUGAUGAUCGAGUGCCACCCCGCCGGCUGUCCUGUGGGAGAGAAGUGCCAGAACCAGAGAUUUGUCAAGAGGCAGUACCCUCAGGUGGAGUCCUUCAAGACUCCGGAUGGGAGGGGAUGGGGACUCAAGACUCUGGUAGAUAUCAAAAAGCAUGACUUUGUGUAUGAGUACAUCGGGGAGCUGAUUGAUGAGGAGGAGGUCCAGCGCCGCAUUAAGAAGGCACACGAGGACAACGUGACCAACUUCUACAUGCUGACUCUGGACAAGAACAGGAUCAUCGACGCAGGGCCAAAAGCCAACAUGUCCCGCUUCAUGAACCAUAGCUGCCAACCCAACUGUGAGACACAGAAGUGGAUGGUGAAUGGAGACAUUAGAGUGGGUCUUUUUGCCAUGGAUGAUAUUCCUACAGGUUCAGAACUGACUUUUAACUACAACCUGGACUGUCUUGGCAACGAGAAAACUCCCUGUAACUGUGGUGCCCCAAUCUGCAGUGGGUACAUCGGUGUGAGACCUAAGACAGCAGCAGCAGCCGCGGCAGAGGAGCGAUCUAAGAAUGCCAAGAAGAAGCAGCGGAAGCGGAAGGUGGCCCCGAAGAACGUGAAGAAGGAGCACGAAGACGAGUGUUUCCGCUGCAGCGAAGGCGGAGAGCUGGUCAUGUGUGAUCGGAAGACCUGCCCAAAGGCUUAUCAUGUGACCUGCUUGAACCUGACAAAACCCCCACAUGGGAAGUGGGAGUGUCCUUGGCACCACUGCGAUGUGUGUGGGAAGUUGGCCACUGUCCUCUGUGACGUCUGCCCAAACUCCUUCUGUAAGGAGCAUGGCACUGACGACAACAUCAGCAAACAUCCGUCAGGAAAAAUGAUCUGCCAUGAGCACACAGCAGAGGAAGUGCAAGAAAGCCUCCAAGCACUGGAAGAGAAGCAAAAGAAGGCUCUAACCACAAAAGCUGAGUCUGAAGAUGACGAUAGUGCAGAUAGUGCACCACAAAAACAACAGAACAGUCAACCAAAGAAGAAAAGUCAGGACAAACUCCCUACCGAAGAGGGCACAGUUAAGAAACCGAGGCGUAAACCUAAGCAGAAAGUACAAAAUGGAACCUCAGGGAAAGGGGGCAAACCACUCAAGAAACAGGUUGGUAAGGCAAAGGGAGCAGCAAAGAAAUCCCGUGUAAAUAAGAAAGGUGAAGCAAACUCAGCUGAAGAGCCUGAACAGAUGGUGAAGCAGGAGGCAGCAGAGGUACCCAAAGUCCAGGAUGAUGACCUGGAUGACUUUGAGGGAGAGCUGAUGAUUGACUGUGAUUUGUAGUAAAAUCAAUAAGACUGAACCUUCUCCAUAUUCCUCAUGAAAAUUCAGGAAAAGACACUUCAAUUUUCCCUUUGCAUACAGUGUUACUCUGCUCAGACACAGGUUUCUCAGACAAGUGACUUGUUAACCUACUGGUGACUUCUAGGGUUGCAUUGUUGUUGACUUCACACCAUGGAUGUUUUCGUCAAUUUGUAUAAUGUUUGUAUGCUCCUAUAGAGCUGUAUGUUGAAAACCUGGCAGCACACACAUGAUGGUGCCAGCUUCUUAAGGAUAAUUGUUUCAGCUCAGUCUGACAUUCAAGCACUCAUGAACAAGCAAGAAAUAUUAAUAUUAUACUGUAUAUGCAUUUUGCCAGAAGAAGAAAAUGACAACAUGCCACAAGUCUUAUAACGUGUGUUGUUGAUUUUGUAUACAAUGGUAAAUUAGCUGAUGCCUUUAAGGAAUGCUAUGUGUCUGCUGCAUGCCUACUUUGUCAUUUGUAUGACAGGAAGGUCUCAUAGGUAACUUAGCACUACUUCUAUUCCUUCCACAUACAUGUAUAUCUGUUGUAAUAGAGAGGUAAGGGAUCCUCAGCUGAAUGUGCCCCCAGAACACGUAGAAACAUUCCAGGAAAGCACCUGAGAAUUAAGAGCUGUUUUAUUUGCAUUGUUUUGGUAAUCAUUCUGAUUAUAAAGCAAUCCAAAUAUGUCAAUGGGAUGUAUGCUUGUACAGAAAAAUAUACCGUUACAUGUAAGAUAAAAGCUGAUUCUUAUUUCUUACUCCAACUGGUGCUUCACAUUGUAAAUGAAACUACCACUAACAAUCAGGUCAGUACGAUGAAGACAGAUGUCCAUUGUAUGCAAUUCGUAGUGUUUUUUCUUUCUUCAAUUUUAAGAAUUGAUAAUUUUUUUGUUUUGUAAAAUGAAGUCUAUUGAUGCAAUUUUUAAGAGCUGACCUGUGUAAUAACAUGAAAGUAAUGUGCAGCUGUACUGUAGAAGACUGAGCCAAGUUUUAAGAUGUUUCAAUUCCUGACAAUUGAUGCUGUAUAUCAUGUUGUUUCCGGCCUCCUCGUAAUAGAUGUAUGAUACUGUACACAAGCUUGUGAAUUUUUUCCUGUUUCACAUGAGCGAUGCAUAAUAAACAAAGAACAACUACUA